AUGUUGCCGAAAGUUCUUCUGUUCCUCCUGAACAUAUUCCUGUUCCUCCAGUCGAGGGUUGAAGGACCUCAGACUGCCCUGGAGAAUGAAGACUCUACCCGUGAUGUUGUCUAUGGCCCCCAGCCCCAGCCUCCUAGCAGGAAGCUCCUCUCUGAAGAAACAAAGCCUACUGCCUCUGUGAUUGGGCGCCCAUCUGGCAAACUUCCAGAAGCCUCUCGCAUUCUGAACACCAUCCUGAGUAACUAUGACCACAAACUGCGCCCUGGCAUUGGUGAGAAGCCCACUGUGGUCACUGUUGAGGUCUCUGUCAAUAGCCUUGGCCCUCUUUCCAUCUUGGACAUGGAAUACACCAUUGACAUCAUCUUCCUCCAGACGUGGUAUGAUGAACGCCUUCGUUAUAAUGACACCUUUGAGACUCUUGUUCUGAAUGGCAAUGUGGUGAGCCAGCUGUGGAUCCCGGACACCUUUUUUAGGAAUUCUAAGAGGACCCAAGAGCAUGAGAUCACCAUGCCCAACCAGAUGGUCCGCAUCCACAAGGAUGGCAAGGUGUUGUACACAAUUAGGAUGACCAUUGAGGCGGGAUGUUCACUCCAAAUGUUCAAAUUCCCAAUGGAUUCUCACUCUUGCCCUCUGUCUUUCUCUAGCUUUUCCUAUCCUAAAAGUGAUAUGAUCUACAAGUGGGACAAUUUCAAGCUUGAAAUCAAUGAAAAGAACUCCUGGAAGCUCUUCCAGUUUGAUUUUACAGGAGUGAGCAACAAAACUGAAACUAUCUCAACCCCAGCUGGCGAAUUCAUGGUCAUGAUGUUCUUCUUUAAUGUGAGCAGGCGUUUUUCUUUUGUUGCCUUUCAUAACUACGUCCCUUCUUCUGUGACCACGAUGCUUUCCUGGGUUUCCUUUUGGAUCAAGAAGGAGUCUGCCCCAGCCAGGACCUCUUUAGGCAUCACCUCUGUGCUUACCAUGACCACCCUAGGCACCUUUUCUCGUAAGAAUUUCCCACGUGUCUCCUAUAUCACAGCCUUGGAUUUCUAUAUUGCAAUCUGCUUUAUCUUCUGCUUCUGUGCUCUGGUGGAGUUUGCUGCGCUCAAUUUCCUGACCUACAACCAGAAGAAAGCCCAUGCUUCUCCGAAACUCCGCCAUCCUCCUCUCUGUAGCCGUGCCCAUGCCCACACCUGUGCUCGUGCCCGCGCCCAUGCCCGUCAGCAGCAGGAAGCAUCUGUGUGUGAGAUUGUCACCUCUGAAGGAAAUGAUGGAGAAGAACACCUGUCUAGCUCAGCCCAGCGGCCCCCCAGCCCAGGUAUCCCCCAGGGUCCCUGCAACAUGUGCAUCAGGUGCUGUGAUGAGUGCAACAAGGGUUUCAAGAAGUAUUUCUGCAUGAUCCCCGAUUGUGAGGGCAGUACCUGGCAGCAGGGCUGCCUCUGCAUCCAUAUCUACCGCCUGGAUGACUAUUCUCGAGUUCUUUUCCCAGUCUCCUUCUUCUUCUUCAACAUGCUCUACUGGCUUGUUUGCCUUAACCUGUAGGUGCCAGCUGGUACCCUGUGGGGCAGCCUCCCCAUUUCUCCAGGAGGUCCCAAGCCCCUUGCCAAGGGAGAUAAAAGACAGUAGCAGCAGCAGUAGGAGCACCUCUCUCUUUUCUUCCCUGUUCCCCAAAUAUAAGCCUGUGGACAGUUUGUCUUUGCUGGCCUCUUCACACUGGCCCCUUCACUCAGUCUCCUCAGCAGCCCCUUUCAGGUAAUCUAGCCCACAUCUCUGUUUUUCAAAGAGCAUUCAUGAUGCUCAGUCUUAAAAAUCAUAGGUUCUCAGUAAUCAGCUCCCUAAAACCAUGCCCAUGUAUGAGCAGAUUAGCUCUCUCCCAACUGUGCUGACAACCAUUGCCUUUUUCCAGAAACCCAUUAUUGCCUUUGUGGCACCUUUGGCCUCUGCCUCAAAGUGCACAGACAAGCUGCUCACCUAUUCCUGACAAUUCUUAAAGAUGCUGAGCAGCAGUACAUCAGGAGGAGGGGAUGCCCAAUCUUAAAACAGAUUA